UGGCAGUGAAGAAGGUGAGAAGGUUCAGCGCAAGAACAGAGAGCUGUGCUCUUGCCGGCUGCUCUGCACCGAAGCGUGUUGGUGGCCCCAGCUCCCCUUUUCCCGUCCUCGAGCAGGAAGGUGGCCUCUGGCCCAGCUGCGCUUAGAGGGCGGUUGGCGGGGAUACUCCUUGUGCAGUACCAGGAAGGAAAGCCGCAGCAUCCCGGCUCGGGACCCGCAAGCUGGGGGCAGCAGCUGGAGCAGCAGCAGAGCGAAAGGCAAGCCGAGGACUUUACCUUGUGGCAGCAAGAUUCUGGGAAAUCUCUGUGGUUUGACUAUGCUGAAUGAUUAACUCAAGGACAAUCUGUGAAUGAAGACCAGCAUGUUCAGGAAUUCCAGUCAAGCUGUAAUGGACACUUAGAAGUCAAUAAAAUGAUCAGAUUCCUUUAUGAAUAUGAAGCAGAGACUCUUCUGAUAAAGACAAGCUAUUUGGCUUAAAUGCACUAAUUAGGUCCUCUCAGGUGAUUUGCCUGUAUCUGUCUCUCCUUUGUGACAAUGUGCCUUUGAACUCCAGAGCACAGAUCCCCCUCAUUAUAAAAUCAUCCAACUGAAGAAACAUGUCUAAAAAUUUGGAGAUAAUCAAUUUGUCAUUUUUAUUGGAACAUGAAAAGGAAAUAAUACUGGGGGUUCUAAAGAGAGAUGAGUACUUGAAAAAAAUUGAAGAGAAGAGAAUCAGGAAAUUAAAAAAUGAGUUACUGGAAGCAAAACGGAAAGGUGGACGACAUCGCCAACAGGAGAGCAGUAGGAUCUGCAUUCGCUGUCAAAAAAAUCUGGGCUUAAUCUUUGAUAGAGGAGACCUGUGCCAAACAUGCAGACUUAGAGUUUGCAAUAAAUGUCGUGUUGUAGCAGUUGAUGGCAACUGGAAAUGCACUGUAUGUGCUCAGAUUGCGCAGCUUCGGAUAGUAACUGGUGAAUGGUUUUUUGAAGAGAGAGCAAAGCGCUUCAAACAGUCCAACCUCCUUGGUGCUGAUGUCAUCAGACGGUCCAUCCUACGCAAAAGCCCUGAUUCUUCCUCUGACCUGGCAGCAGGAGGAAAACUCAAAGAUCAGUCGCAGACUAACAUAGAGGAUACAUCAAAUCAAGACAUGCCAGCUUCCUUUUCUAGCGGAAUGAAAUUGGUCAUCAGUGGGCCCAAGAAAAUAGGAAAGGUCCUCAGGGCAGUAACCAAAGGGGAACUUGUAAGUCUGAGGGCAGAAGAUGGAAGAAGCAUAAGCUCAGAUGCAGAUAUCCAGAGUACACAUAGUGCUGACAGGGAGAGCACCUAUUCACUGGACAUGGAGGACAUACCUGGUUGCCUGAAAGGGGCUGUGGGUUCACUUAAUCGAAGCAAUGCCUCCACCCCAGUUCACCCCAGGUCACCUGCUCUGAGCACACGCAGCAUGACUGUAGAUUACAGGAGGGACUUUGGAUUUGAAAAUGGCAUAGCUAUGCCUGUAACAGAAAGUGUACCUGCAGAUUUAGCCAAAAGACAUCAUAGGAGAGCCUCUGGAACUCCCUCUAUAGCAGUGUCUAAGACUUCCUUAUCAUCUGAUCGCAGCAGAUCAGAGAGAGAUCUCAGUGGAUCCUUUUCAGAAAGCAAUGAGGAUACUUUAAGCUUAAGAAGUAAAUCUGUACCUGGAGCAUUAGACCAGGAACUGGAUUACCUAAAUGAGGAAGAAGAUAUUGAUGACAUUGUGGCCUCUGGCUAUGCAAAGGGACGGACAAAUUUAGCCAGUGGACUGUCAGUGGCUAGUAUUAAUAGUAUGAUGAGUGUUUACAGCGAAACUGGGGACUAUGGAAAUGUGAGGAUCAGUGGUGAAAUAUGUCUCCAAAUCAGCUACAGCUACAAAACAGGAGCCCUUAACAUCGUAGUAAAAAAAUGCAAAAACUUGGCCAUUGCAGAUGAAAAGAAGCAAAGAACAGAUCCCUAUGUCAAAGCAUACCUCCUACCGGACAAGUCUCGCCAAAGUAAAAGGAAGACAAAAAUCAAAAGUAAUAGCAUCAAUCCAGAGUUCAAUGAAAUCCUGAAGUAUGUCAUCAGCCAUACCCAGCUUGAGACUCGGACCCUGCAACUUUCUGUCUGGCAUUAUGACAGAUUUGGUCAUAAUAGUUUUCUUGGAGAAGUGGAGAUACCUUUGGAUUCCUGGAACUUUGAGAACCAGGCAGAUGAAUGGUUUGUGCUUCAGCCUAAAGUGGAAGUUGCAGCUGAUAUUGGUCUUCACUAUAAAGGAGAGUUGAUAAUUGUCUUACGGUACAUUCCCCCUGAGAGGAACUUAACUCUUCCCCUAGGAGAGAUUAAAGGAAAGAAGAGCCCUAAAAAAGGAAAGAAGGUAAACCCACAAGUGCCAUCAGGAGGCAUUUUAGAAGUUGUAAUUAAGGAAGCCAAAAAUUUAACAGCUGUGAAGUCAGGAGGCACUUCAGACACAUUUGUGAAAGGGUACUUGCUGCCAGACAACAAUAAAGCAUCAAAACACAAAACUGCUGUGAUUAAAAAGAGUGUGAAUCCCCACUGGAAUCAUACCUUUACUUUCAGUGGUUUGAAUCCCAGAGAUAUACACAAUGUCUGUGUAGAACUGACUGUCUGGGACAAAGAAUCCCUUGCCAGCAAUAUCUUCCUGGGAGGCGUUCGUCUGAGCACUGGAAGUGGUUUGAGCAAUGGUAAGGAAGUUGACUGGAUGGAUUCUCAUGGGGAGGAGCAGCUUCUUUGGCAAAGGAUGAUUGACAGCCCUGGAGAUUUUGUGGAAGGCACACUGAUGCUGAGAUCCAGCAUGGAAAAAUGCAAGGUCUAAGACGACUGUUGGCGCAAGAAUAACUCCAAAUGCAUUACUGGUAUGAUUACAGUAUGAUAAAAUGGAGUCUGUCUUGCAGUGGAGCCCCUUUGGUUAGAGUUUGCACAUGCAAGAAGAUAAACAGUUUGGACUUUAAAUUUCCUGAGAUGGAUUAUAAAUGCAUUCUGCACUUUCCUACAUCUGCAGUCUUACCACUGCUAUACCUUAUUUAUCUGAAACACCAAUAAUGCUGGUGAACAUUACCUUCAAGACUUAUUUCUGCAGAGCAAAAUUAAAGCACAUCCUUUGAUAACAUUAAAAUUCAUAUUUUAUGUUGUCAUAGAAAAGCAGUGAUAAAUAAACAAGUUCAAAAAGCUGAA